AAAAUGAAAUCCCAAGUAGGCUUUGCAAUUAGUCAUAAGAUAUAUAAAUUCAGGUUUCAUAAAUAGAAAAUGCUUUUAUUGCGCAUUUAUUUGCUAUAUUCCAUAGUUCCUUUUUUAUUACUGCACGCGUAUCCCAUGGCACAACAUGCUCAGCGAUACUCUGAACCACACAACUAUCCUGAUCUGACAGCAGGCCUAACCGAUGGCGAGGUUCAGGCUGCCCUGGACGGUCUAUCCCUGGAAGAUCUGAACCGGCUGGACAGGCUAUUGGAUGAGCAUAGCAAUCACGAUGAAGAUGCCAACACGGACUCGGAGGGCCUUUCAAAGCAAGCAAGUCAAGGAAACCAGUUCAGGCAAGCUAAGGGCUCGAAUGAGCAGGUCUUUGACGAUCUUCUGGCCUCGGAGGACCAUCUCGAUGAUGGCUGCAAGGACGAGGACGAGGGUGAGGAGAAGAAGCCCAAAAAUCUCUGCACCAAGCGACCGCCUUGCCCAAAUUCCACACGCUUGAAAACUGGGCAAACCACCUGUGAACCCCCCGAUUCAACAUCAGAGUGCCCCCAUAAGAAAACUUCCUCCAAGAACAAGCCGGACGACGAAAACAUGGAUUCUCCCGUCGACAUGUCCAAGUGCCAGAAGACCAAGAAAAAGCCGAGCAAGCCCAAGCCGACGGUCAAGAGCGAUGAAGACUGCAACGCCGAUGAUUUCGAGUGUCUGGAGAGAUUCCGCGAAAGAGAUUACCCCAAAAUGUGGAAGCACUCGCCACUCGACUACGACGAGGAGAGGGCCGAUGGGUCCUCGGCUUACGUUCCCCCCCAAGAGCUGGCCGGCAUCGAGCAACUGGAUGAGGAGAUUCUCAUGCCAUUUCUGGAUGGAGAACUAAAGGAAGAUCCGGUCGAGCAGGGUGAAUGGAAACCUAUGGCUGCCGAGGGGGAGGAGGAGGCGGAGGCUCCAUUGGAGCAUACAGAAACCUACGAGCGGCAUCGUCUCUCGCGAAUGGCACACAGAAAGCGAAAGCAUGCCAAAGCACAGCAGGAGAAACCGAUCCCUUACGAUCCCAUGGAAGAGAGACCACAGCUCACUGCUGCCGACAGUUUCCUGGCCAGCAAUGAGCGGGAGCCGAUGCGCUACCUCAUCCAGAUGGAGAACGGCAACAUCGAGAGCCCGAACGAACUUGGCGAGCAGAGGCUACGGGAGGAUCACAGCCAGAGCGAGAAUCUUACACUGCAGAAGCGUACACAGGAAAUGAACAGCGACAGCCAGGGGGGACAGGAUCCCAAUGAAUAUUUCGACUUCAGGCGAAUGAAGCGAGAGAACAAGCGAACGGACGAUGCGCCAGAUAACUCUAAGGAGACCUAUAUGAAAAAGCUAAUGGACUCCUUUCCACGCGAUCAGGGCGGUCAGAGCAAUGACGAUAUGGAGGCCCUGCAAGAAUCGAUUUCCGCUCACUUGCGCGUCAAGCGAAGUUGAGUUUUAUGUUGAUGUUUAAAACCGUGAAGCGUAAUUGUUUUUAUCACGAUAAUUAUAAAUGUGAUUAUAUUUUUUAACCCAUAAAUUGAUAAAGCAGAAAGCUUGUUUGUUUGUCU